UUUUAUACCCUAUUUUAUCAAAUCUUGCAUCUUUCUCUCUUGGUUGUUUUUUUUUAUCCCCUUUCUGUCUGUUGAAGAAUCUGCAGUGGCUAGGAAUGAUCAAAGAAGCAAGAAAAGUUGUACAAGCAUUAAAUUCCUUGCCUAGAUACCAGAAGUGGGUUUUGGGUUUUAUAGCGCAUAAAACGUCUAGCUAGUACUAUCUGUCUGUCUGGUCUUGAAUCUUGAUUCUUUUUGGGAUGGGCAAAGAGCAAAGGUGCAGAAAUGACAUGGUGCAAUAAUAACUCAGUUGAUGAAGAAGAGAUUCAAUUAGUCACAGCAACAACCAGCAACAAAGAAAUUAAUACUGUAAUUGACACCAAAACUGAUGAAAUUCGAAGCAUAACUUGCCCUUCUUGUGGCCAUAGUUUUGAAUUACAAGAUCAGGGAGGUGGAAUUAUUAAUGAUUUACCGGGACUGCCAGCAGGAGUUAAAUUUGAUCCGACUGACCAAGAAAUACUUGAGCAUUUAGAGGCCAAAGUUUUAUCUGAUAUGCGCAAACUUCAUCCUCUAAUUGAUGAAUUUAUUCCAACGAUAGAUGGACAGAAUGGAAUUUGCUAUAAACAUCCAGAGAAACUACCAGGAGUAAGCAAUGAUGGUCAAAUCCGGCACUUCUUUCAUAGGCCUUCAAAGGCAUACACAACUGGAACUAGAAAACGCAGAAAAGUGCAUACUGAAGAGGAUGGGAGCGAGACCAGAUGGCACAAAACAGGAAAAACAAGACCAGUUUUCUCAGCUGGAACUGUGAAAGGAUUCAAAAAGAUUUUAGUUCUUUAUACAAAUUAUGGAAGGCAAAGAAAACCUGAAAAGACAAACUGGGUUAUGCAUCAAUAUCAUCUUGGCAACUCUGAAGAAGAAAAAGAUGGUGAGUUGGUCGUUUCAAAGGUUUUCUACCAAACUCAGCCUAGACAAUGCGGUUCUAGCAGCACCAUCGACCAGAAAUUGAAAAAUCGAGUUAUUGGCCAUGACAACAACAACAACAAUAAUAAUAUUCCUAUAGCUACUAAUUACAAGAAUCCAAUUCUUGUUGAUUACUAUAAUCCAGCUGCUUUUAUCUCUUAUGAUCAUGGGCAUGGAAGCCGUAACAGAGAAAGCCCAUCUCAGUUCAUCCCAAAUUUGGUUGUUGAAGGUGAUGGGUCUUCCUAUAUUCGAUUAACUGCAGAAACAAGCAAAGGAAAGCUUCAAAGAAUUAGCUAGCUAUGGAUGACAAGGACUGGUUUUUGGUUGUUGCUGUUGCUGCUGUUCUGAUGUAGCAAUCGCAUACAUACACAUAUAAUUAUUUAUUAGAGUGAGAUAUAGCUUUAGCUGGUGAAAAUGAGGAUUAAGGCGGGGAAUAAGGUGAAGGUACGUACGGAUUGAUUGGAAGAUUAAGCUUCAUGAACGACAGUUUUUCUUUUUCUUCUUCACUUGUUUAUUUUUGCAGUAGGGUUUAGUAUAUGAUUAAGCAGGGAAAACAAAGGUAAUAUGUGAUGAUAAUAAUGUUAUAGUGGUGGGUUACAUUUUUAAUUAGUAGAAAUUGAAAUGUACAGAGAUAACUUUUAGUUUGAUGUAGGGAUUAACUUCAUUAUUAUUGUUUGUUUGUUUCUUUAAUAUUUACAGUACUCUCCUUAUAAAAUAAAUCUUGAAGACUCCAAUUUUUCCAGAAAUACA